CGAUCAGUCAUAGAAGGGUACACGUGAAAUGACGGUGAAUAAAGUAUUAGUAGGUAACGACCAAAUGUCCGAAGAGAUUGCUACAAAAAGAGAUGAGUCUGCCGCCGAUCGUGUCACCGAUGGUGUUGCAGGGACUCCUAAAGAGGCGGCCCUUAGAGCUUUAAUGGAAAGAACGAAAUACCCGAUAAAACAAUGUAAUGGUCAAAGACGCUACGGUCCUCCUCCAGGCUGGGAUCGACCGGCGCCUCCACGAGGAUGCGAGGUCUUUGUUGGGAAAGUUCCUCGAGAUCUCUAUGAAGAUGAGCUCGUGCCGGUAUUUGAGAAACUAGGAAAGAUUUACGAAAUCCGCCUUAUGAUGGAUUUCAACGGACAAAAUCGCGGCUAUGCUUUCGUUGUUUACACAAAUCGAGAAGACGCCAAGAAAUGUAUCAAGACGAUGAACAAUUAUGAAAUAAGAAAGGGGAAAUGUGUUGGAGUAUGUUCUUCUGUUGAUAAUUGUAGAUUAUUUGUCGGUGGUAUUCCUAAGAAAGUAAAGAAGGACGAGAUUUUUGCUGAAGUGUCCAAAGUCACCGAGUGUGUCGUUGAUGUUAUAGUGUAUCCAUCAGCACAGGACAAAACCAAGAAUCGUGGCUUUGCUUUUGUGGAGUAUUCAAGCCAUCGGGACGCUGCCAUGGCAAGAAGAAAGUUAAUGAGUGGAAAAAUACAAUUGUGGGGACAUCAAAUCGCUGUGGAUUGGGCUGAGCCGGAGCAAGAAGUCGAUCAAGAUAUAAUGGACCAGGUGAAGGUCUUGUACGCCAGAAACCUUCUUUUAAGCACCACAGAGGAAACAAUUGAAGAGGCUUUCAGUAAGUUCGGCGAAGUAGAACGAGUGAAAAAGAUCAAAGACUACUGCUUUAUUCACUUCAGAACGAGAGAGCAAGCAAGAGAAGCUUUGGAGGAAAUGAACGGUAGUAAACUUGAUGGAAAUGAAAUUGAAGUAACAUUAGCAAAACCAGUCGACAAGGACCACCGUCAAGCAAAGCUUGCUGCAAAGGCAAUGAUGUCAGCAUAUAAUUACAUGCCUUAUGAUUAUUCGCCAGCUUUUGUGUAUCCAUACAGUAAUCCUUAUAUGGCAAUCCCUCCGCAUAACCAGAUGACCAAUGGAGUUGGAAGAGCAGCAGCUGCAACAGGGUACAGUCCAGGAAGAUCAAGGGGGCGGGGACGCACUGCAGCUGGUAGUCGAUCAGCAGGAAAUAAAUACUACUUUCCAGGAAGUCCACUAAUGUUUAAAGGGUAUUAUGGUGGCCCCCCUGGACGAGUUGGUUACUAUGGUGAUGGGGCAAGAAAAGGACAGGGACAAGAGGAACCAAUGUAUGACCUUCUUCCUGGGAUGGAAUUGACACCAACAAAUCCUUUAACAUUGAAACCUAAUGCUCUCAAGUCUCCAGCACAGAUAUUAGAAGAUCUUUGCCAGAAGAACCAAUGGGGAGCCCCAGUAUAUACACUACAUAGUACACUAGGACCACAAGACAUGCAGCUCUUCUUGUAUAAAAUUUCAAUUCCAAGUYUGAAUUCAACGUACCAACCGUCGAAAUUAUGUCGUAACGUCGACGAUGCCAAGAACUACGCAGCUGAUUACGCAUUACAGCAGCUUAGCGUUCCGUUAGAUGCCCAGGACCUCCCGGUCACUACUGUAGCCCAGGUCCCUACUUCAGUAGCAUACCAAGCCCGACCUAUGGCGCCAGGCCAGGCCUACAGUAUCCACAAUAGUGUACGACCAAUGACAGACACUAAUUCUUACACAUCAGGAUUUGUACCGAUGACUCAAGCACCUACAAGUCCGGGGGGUGCAGUUGUAGCAAAAAUGUGGCCAGGAGGGGUACCUCCAAACCAAGAUGGUAAUGUUUAUAGUAAUUACGAUGGCUACCCUGAGGGGUACCCUCAGAAUGUAUAUCAAUAUUAAUGAAUAUUAGACGAUAUUAGAGUAUUGUUUCAGAUAGGAGUAUYCGAUAGUAUAAUAGUUUAUAGCAUGUUUUAACCUUUCUCAAAGGUUUCARAAGUAAAGCUUAGAAGAUCGAAAGUACUUCGAAUGUUGAACUUUGAUCUCUUGAGAUCCUAGAUGUAGAGUUUCUAUGUUUUAGGGUGGGGAGGGUAAGUAAGUUACGUUUUGUCUCAUUUUGAAACAGGGAGGGGAGGGAUAGUAUUGAAUGUUCUUUAGMAUGUUUUAGUAUUGAAAACCUAGUGUGGAUUUUUUCCAUUUUAGUAUAGUUUAUCGCAUAGAAAAUCGUUGCAAAACGAGAAAAAUAUGAUGAAGAUUGUUUUCACUAAUGGACAGUUCAUAAAUGAAUACCAUUCCUACUCGUCUACAGUAUUAUGCCCGUCAUAUUUUGUCUUAGAAAACAAUGCRAGAACAAGAAAGAAUCCAAGGAACAAAAGAUAUUGUUAAUUCUGAAUGGAUUAUCAUUCCAUUCCAUGUCUAAAUGGGAAAGAAAAUUGAAUUACUGAGAAAAAUUGCGAAAGCGCUAUUUAUAAGACCAUUUACAGACAUACAUGCACACAGUCGUUAACAAUGUAUUUUAUUCAAACGUCCGACAGCAGGGACAUUUGGCCAAUGUACGAAUUGAAAACUACGAGGAAAAGAGAGAAAAAAUAUUGGUUUGUAAAAUGUGUCGUUAGAAAAAAGCUAUUUAUAGUGAUGUUUUUACGCUGCGGUUGUCAUUGCAUGAAAAAAAUACAAUUAAAUUCCAACUGUAUAUAGUCCUUGACUGAAGAAUAGUCACGUGAUUCAUCGUGACGUAAUCAACCACGUGACUGACUCACAGACCACGUGACAAGCAUACAACUGCAGCAUUUUUACAACAUUCACUUCUGUUUAUAAGUGUUAAUGAAUUCACGGUGUAUUCACUAAUGUUGUCAAGUUGCACYAUGUGUGGCUUGCUACAGGAAGGCGUUUCUCUUAUUUCGUAACACAAGCACAACCCAUUCUUUGUAAAUAUAUUUUUCGUUGUCUAGUUUUAGUUUAACUGUGCACACGAGCUGUCAUGGCCGUGUUUUGCAGUGAAUCUAUGCACUUUUAAAAUUUCAUAAUCUGGACUUUAUUGCCGUAAUGUUCACAUGUUAUUACCCAGAGGCCUUUGUAAAAACAAAUCAAUCAAAACGAAAUGCAMAAAGAAGUAUCGACAGAAAAUGCCGCUUUUUACGAUAUUUUUUCCAAAAGAGGCRAAGUUACUUUGGGUAAUAGAAGUGAGUUAUCUUCUAAUAUGAAUGCACUGAAACAUUAUUUUAGUUUAUCAAGUUUUAAAACAGAGAAUUUAAAGAUUUUCAAAGUUAUCAAACAAAGGAAAUAUAUAUUUGUUUUAUGGAAACAGCAAAAAUACUUUGAAUUUAUCCGGUGCCAAAGACAGGUGUGAUUGAAGAGUAAAUUGGAUCAAAUUGAUCUUGAUUAGGUCGCUGAACAACAAUAAGACAGAAAGCUAUUAAAACAAUAAACAAUCCACGAUAAACUCGAUGAUAUCUUUCCUGAAGUCUCUUAAGACUUAAGCUUAUCUGCUGUCUUUAUUUUUCAAAAGCUUGAAUUGAGUGGCAGUCUUUUAUCUUUAAAGAUAACCUUUAAAAUUCAAAAAAAUUGUCUUCUUUAUGCAAUGACUAUUAAAGGAGUCGACAUUGCUUAAAAACAGGAAWGUUUUCRUUGAGCAUAUCGUGGAUUUGAGGUAUUGAAGCGAAGUUAGGAGAGAGACAACCAGCUUAAGGUUUUCGAUGUGGCGUCUACAAAUCCAUGCAUUUCAUUGAAAUAUAGUAAUCUUAGAGUUCGAUAAUUACGUGUUUUUGUGAUAUUGAGUAAUUACAGUUAAUGUUAGUAGACAAUAGAUUAUAAUCGUUAUAAAACAUAAAAUUCAAAAUUGAUAAGCUUAAUUGA